UCCUUGCUUCUAUAAUCUCAAGCAAAAUGCUUCCUUGUCGAGGAUUAUCCAACCGGCCGCUAAAGGUGCCAAACAGAAAAUUCAUUGGCCUUCCAAAUCACUCGGUCCAAAAGGCCAGAUAAACAGUGUACCCGAAAUCUUUCCUUUGAGAAAGCCAUAAAGCUCCAUCAACAGGCAAAAGCAACCAGCAAAACAAGAAAACAAUUAGGCAAUCCAAAAGGAUCUUGGGGUUGCCGUUUGGACAUCAUCACAAGCCAAGCAAUACGAAAGGAAGGUUUGAAAAUUCUUCCUGAAGAAAUGCAACUUCCUGCGAACUUGGGAUGUUAUCAGGGGAAAAUGGACCAGUUCAUCAACAAACCCGUCUGAUCUGAAAAUUGGUAGCGCUUUUGCUUGGAGGCAGGCACUCCAACUAGGGUUGUUAAUGAUCCGAGCCGAACUUUGCCAUAGUUCGGGCUCGGCUCGUUAAUAUAUUUUCGGCUCGAGCUCGGCUCGUGUUUGAUACGAGCUUUAAUAUGCAAGCAUAAAAUGAAAGGUCGAGGUCGGCUCGCCAAAUAAGUUUCACGAGCCCAAAAUCGAGUUCAACACAUUAAAUGUUCAUUUUAGCUCAAGAUUGAAGUAGAAUUGAGCAUAAAAUUACAUUCAAACCUGUAGUAAAGUCUACCAAAACAAAACACAAUAUUUGUCCCAAUUUCAAUACAUAAAAUCCAUGAAUUCCAAUAUUUUCGGAUGCCAAGCCGUCAAACGAACUUGUUCGCGAGCCUUCGAGCUAAACAUGAUAGGGCUCCAGUUCGGCUCGUUUAAUUAACGACUUUGUUCGCGAACCAGCUCGAUUAAGACGAAUCGAGUAUCGAACAAGUUUUUCUCAAAUGGGAUGUAGAGCCGUUCACCCUAACUCCAACGAUCCACCGUCACUUUUGAGGUCGUACUCGUAUCUUCUACUCUUUGAUCCAUCCCCGAUUAGCCACCGAUUCCCUUUUAUCUCCUACCUCACUCACCGUCGGCCGCCCUCUCCAAGCUCUUCCCGUCUUUCAUUUCAAUUUCCCCUAAUGGAUUUCUUCAGAUCGGUCUUUUCCGACGAACCCGAUCCCCCUCCUCCCAAGUCCGCGUCCGACGCCGAAACUUCCCCUGAACACCAAUCGAACUCAGAUUCAGACUCCGAGUCUCCACCAACACAGCCGCACUCCAACCCUAGCGACGGCGGCAGUGGGUGGAGUAACUUUGGCGGCCUGAUCCGCACACUGACCACCAAAUCCGAAUCCGUCAUUGAGACCUACCGCCGGGAUCUCCAGGAAUUCAGCACCGGCCUGCGGAAGGAGAUCGAGGUCGCCCAGGGAUCCCUCGAGAACGUCGGACAGGCCUUCGACGAGAUCGGUACCUCCGUGAUUAAAGGCACCGCCCAGAUCAUUUCACACGGCAAAGAAGCGAUCCUCUCCCUUGACCACGAAUCCGAUUCCUCUGACAUCGAUGUCAGAGGAAGCAGCGCCGCUGGCCAGAGCAGCAGCUACGAUUCGAGGCGGUACAGUCGCUUCGACGCGCAGGUCAGUGCCAUUCAAGGUGAUGCCAGCACUUUCUGCGACGAGCCGGAAGAUAUGGAAGAUUACGGCAAGUGGAGGUCGUCGGAGUUCGCCCUUCAGGACAACCGGGACGAGAUCGAGAGCCUGAUUGAAGAAAAUGGUACGCUGGAUGCUAUAUAUAAGAAAGUUGUGCCUGGUAGCGUUGAUGAAGAAACGUUCUGGGCUAGGUAUUACUAUAGGAUCUAUAAGCUCAAGCAAGCCGAGGCUUUGAGAGCCAAUCUAGUGAAGCGAGCCAUUUCUGCUGAAGAAGAGGAUUUGAGUUGGGAUGUGGAUGAUGACGACGAUGAUGAUGAAAGUGAGGAGCGGAAGAGCAAGGCGAGUAAAGGCAAAGAAAAGUCAAAGGGCGAUGUAGAGGAAAAUCAAGAGCUGAAGACCAGAGAUUAUUCUAUGGAAAUUGGGAAAUCGGAUGCGAUUAAGCUGGUAGAGCAGAACCCUGUUGAGGAUAAGAAAAUGGGUGAUGAAAAGUCUAAGGAAAUUGUGCAAAAUGCUAAGGAGGUAACUGUUUCUGCUGCUGCUGCUGCUGCUGCAACAGUUGUAGAGCCGAAAGUAGUAAACAGUCCAAAUUCUGCAACUGCUUGUGGUAAUGUGGCAUCUAGUGAGAAAGCAGAUGAAAUGAAGGAGGAUGAGAAAUCUGCUGAGAAUUCAGGUUCUGAAGGAAAUGGUGGCAAUGGAGGGUCUUGUAAAGACAGUGAUUACUCAUUAGUGUCGAGCCACCAGACGACAGGAGAGGAAGAAGAUCUUGGGUGGGAUGAGAUUGAGGAUCUAAGCGGCAUUGACGAUAGUAAGAAAGAGGAGAGGAGAGUGAGUCAGAGUGGGAAUAAUGCAACCAAGGAGGAGUUGAGGAGGAGACUGAGUGUUGCAGAAGAGGAAGAAGAAGAGGAUUUGAGUUGGGAUAUUGAAGAUGACGAUGAGCCAGUUAAAGCUUGAAUGGCAGGAUCAGAUCCGUUUAGACUGCUUCUGAACAUUCAUAUUGCUUUUUCACGGUAUUUCCUUUGCUGAUUUACAUGGCUUUUCCCGUGUGUUUAAAUGUGGCUUAAAGGUCUGGAUGUUGGAAAUUGAUUUACAUGGCUUUUCCCCUCCGCAUACCGCUCUCUCUGAAUGUCGAUGUUUCCAUGACUUUGAAAUUGGAGCUGAACUGUUGAUAAUAUAGUAACUUCCCUGAACCGUUGUUCGUUAAUUUCUGGUAGUUGAUCGAUCCUCUGAAGAGUGGUUAGAGCUUGACGGAUGGAUGAACGUUAGCGAUUGUAACUUUGAACUGCCAAUUUUGUUCGUGUUCUGGUCUGGCAUUUGAACAUCAGUUUGCCAUGUUGAUUGUUGUGGACAGGGAACAUGGUUGUAGUGUCGACAGCGGGAAAAAAUCCCAAAAUACUUUAAUUAUUAAAAAAAAAUUCCCAAAAUACAGUACUUAUAAACUU